CGUUAUAAAGCCCUAUAUCAGUUGACGUCCUUUGCUUCUAAAACAAAAAAACAAAAUAAGAAGAGAAGAGAAGAGGAACCGAGGAAGAAGAAGCAGUGGAAGAAAAGAUGAAUCUGAGCAUCAGCUCUGCGGAAUCGGUGUUGGCUCAAAUCCAAGGCUUAUCGAACAAUGCCCAAGACCUCUCUCAACUUCACACCUUCCUGAAACAGUCCGAUGAUCUCCUCCGGUCCGAGUCGACCCGCUUGCCUCCUCUACUCGCCCAACUCAACCCUACUGAACACUCUUUGGGCUACCUUUAUAUCCUGGAUGCAUCCAUGUCUGCUCCAAUUUCAACAGAACAAGCCCCUGAACUGGUUUCUUGUGUGGCUAGGUUUAUUGAUGAAUGUGCUGCAGAUCAAAUCCUUCUGGCACCUGAGAAAUUCGUAUCUGUUUGUAAAAGAUUCAAGGAUCAAGUUCUGCUACUUAAAGCCCCUCUACAAGGUGUGGGUCCUAUGCGGACAGCUAUUCAGAAACUACAGCUUUCGACUGAGCAAUUAACACCCUUGCAUCCUGAAUUUCUUCUUCUUUGUGUACUGGCGAAGUGUUAUCGUAUUGGGUUUUCUAUUUUGGAGGAUGACAUAUUUGAGGUCGAUCAGCCAAAGGACUUUUUCCUAUAUUGCUACUAUGGGGGGAUGAUUUGUAUUGGACAGAAAGAAUUUCGGAAAGCCUUGGAGCUUUUCCAUAAUGUAGUAACAUCACCAAUGUCAACGUUAAAUGCUAUAGCAGUUGAGGCAUACAAAAAAUACAUUCUAGUUUCACUGAUCAAGAUUGGGCAGUUCUCUACCAGCUUCCCCAAGUAUACAUCUUCUGUGGCUCAAAGGAAUCUGAAGAACUACUGUCAGCCCUACUUGGAUCUGGCAAACAGUUAUAGCCUUGGAAAAAUCUCUGAGCUUGAGACAUGUGUACAGAAAAACAGAGACAAGUAUGAAAAUGACAAUAAUCUUGGAUUGGUGCAGCAAGUUGUGGCAUCUAUAUAUAAACACAAUAUUCAAAGAUUGACCCAAACUUAUCUCACCCUUUCACUUCAAGAUAUUGCUAGUGCCGUCCAACUAAGGAGUCCCAAGGAGGCAGAAAUGCAUGUUCUUCAAAUGAUUGAAGACGGUGAGAUUUAUGCAACUAUCAAUCAGAAAGACGGAAUGGUUAGAUUCCUAGAGGAUCCUGAGCGAUACAAAAGUUGUGAAAUGAUUGAACACAUUGAUUCAUCAAUUCAGAGAAUGAUGACGCUGUCAAAAAAGCUUACAUCUAUGGAUGAACAGAUGUCAUGCGACCUUUCCUACCUUGCUAAGGUUGGCAGAGAUAGACAAAGACUUGAUUUUGAUGAUAUGGAAGGUGGUAUUCCUCAUAAGUUCAACAUAUGAAGGACAUUGAAGCACAUGCCAUUGAAGCAAUGCCAGCCAGUUGUUAAGCUUAAAGCAGGAAAACUCACUACCAGACUGUCUCAUCACCUUAUAAUUGAGACAUGUAAUGCACUGAACAAAUCUAUUGAGACAAGAAUGCCAAAAGCAUCUUCCUUCACCUUUUGCUUAACAUUGGAUUCAUGUGCGACACAUCACAUCUUAGUAAAUGGUAUAAGCUUAUUAAACCGUAAGGUUAUAUUGGUUCUUUUACAUUAUGAAGAGCACAUUCAUUACAAUAUUUUUAUCGCAAUUAUUACGGUGUAGUAUCUCAUUCACUCAUUGUAUACUUUUUUUUGUUGACAACAUAGUUAGUACUCCUUUUUGUUACAA